UAUUUGAAGGCAAAUGAAAGUGUCUAUGAAUAUGAAUGUGCUUUUUGAGCAUAGCAUGUAUAAAUCUGCAGAUAUACCAUGAUUAACACAAGAAGUGAGGUCUGGGAUUGUCAGUUGCAUUUCCACACAGACAUCAACAGAAACCUGAUUUCAUCCAUGUGUAAACGGUUCAUUUCUUCACCUGUUAGUACUUGAGACUGUAUAACGUCAGUCUGCACUCCUGCAAGAAGGGUGUGUUUCUCUAAAAAUGACACAGCCUUGGGAUGCUGAAAUAACAUUAUAUUAUUACAGCCAAACACAGACUCUCUGGAGAAGUCAUCUCUGUUCUACAGCCCACAACUAUUGUCAGAGAAGAAUGUGCAGGUGAGACCAAAGCAUUACAUCAAGAGAUCUGGAGUCUCCGAUGGCUUCAUGCUUUCCCUCCAGAACUCUGAUAGCUCAGAAGACAUAAUGAAGUUCUCGAGACCAUUGUGCACAUGUAGGAGCUUUGAAUCUCUUGAAGAAGCAAUUAAGAGAUCUCAUUUGUGAUUUUUCCUUCCCGUAUGCUACGCUUCUCCAAGUCCAUCUUGACUCUGAAUUCCUCCCAGGUUUUGCUUGUUUGAAAAUGUCUGAUUAAAGAGAUGUAGUUAUUGAGAAUGGAACCCAGUGAUGGACAGAGUAUUUUGUCUCUGACAGGGGUCAAUGAGGUGAAAUAGUGCUGUAAUCACUUUCACGUCUUUACUUUGUCCUCCUUUUACAGUACGAGGGUGAUGACAUCAUCUUCCUCCCUUCAGAAAGGCAUGCGCUCAUCUGGUCUGAUGUCAUGCGUCCACUCCAGAGCAGAACCAUGUGGCAAUAAAAAAAACCUGCUUAUCAGUCAGCAGUUGUCUUUGUGAAGGAGGUGAUAUUGAAGGAGCCGUUUGUGCCAUUGAAAAUAUGUUCAACAGAGCAAAGCUGAUCCCGAUCCAGUCAGUGACUACACCGCUUGCAUCUAGCAAAGAAUAUUGCAUACUAGAUGUGUACAUUUUCUGAAAAAAGUGAAGAUGAGGACCAGCGAUACGGAGGCACCAGAGAACAGACCACCCAAGCCGCUCACUAAAAUCCACAGCAUAGAGAAGGAGGGAUGCAUACAGGUGCUGAUGAAGAAGAAAAGCAAUGCUCAGAAUGAGAAAGAGAGCAGUGACAAGAAGACUGAUGUUUCUGGAACUGUUAAAAGACCUCAGAACCCUCAUGAAAUACAGCAGAGAAAAGCUGGACUCAUGGAUCUGUCUAAAGAAUAUCUCGUUCAUCUACUGGGAGUCAUGGAGGGAGAAGUUCAGGCGCGUGAAGACAUUAUCCACAUGCUGCAGUCUGAGAGAACACGGCCUGAAGUUCUAGAAGCUCAUUACGGUUCUGCAGCUCCGAUCAAACCUCUUCAAGCUCUGCAGAGAGACAGUCUGAUGACCAGCAAUGACAUGAGGAGAGAUGAUGUGUAUGGGAUACCCAUGAUAGAGUUGGACCGUUUGGAGGAAAAACAACGGGAGACAUACAGACGAAUGCUUGAACAGCUGCUGUUAGCAGGAAAAUGCCACCGACGGACAGUCACAGAACUGGAGAGUGAAAAACGCAAACACGUCGACUUCAUGAACAAAAGUGACGACUUUACCAACCUUCUGGAACAGGAACGAGAGAGACUCAAGAGACUGUUGGAUCAAGAGAAAGCGUACCAGGCUCGCAAGGACAAGGAUCACAGCAAACGUCUUGAGAAAAUUCGCGAGGAGCUGGUCAAGCUGAAAUCAUUUUCACUCAUGCUGUUGGAUGAAAGGCAGCUUCAUAUUGAGCAGAUUGACCAUCAGAAGCAGAAGAUCGAGGGCCUCAACAAGAAGCUUCAUGAAAGGGAACAAAUGAUAGAGAUCAACAACAGCAAAGCUAAAGAAGACAGCCAGAGGAUCCAGAGGUUGGAGCUGGACCUAGAACACAAGACCUCUAAUUUUGUUGAGGAACAUGAGGAGAUGACCACCAAGCUGGCCAAACAGGAGUCUGAAAGCCGACAGAUGCGACUGAAGCUGGACAGCCUGUCGCGCAGGAUUGCAGAGCUGGAAGAGACCAAUCGCACCCUGCAGAAAUCCGAGGAUGACCUGCAACACCUGCGGGAUAAAAUAAGCAGAGGGGAGUGUGGAAACUCCAGCCUCAUGGCUGAGCUUGAGAACCUUCGAAAGAGAGUGCUAGAGAUGGAAGGAAAGGACGAGGAGAUCACGAAAACAGAAUCACAGUGCAAAGAGCUAAAAAGGAGGCUUCAGGAUGAGGAGAACCACAGUCGUGAGAUUAAACUGGACAUGGAGAAACUGCAGAAGAGGAUGGUGGACCUGGAGAAACUGGAGGGAGCUUUUAAUGUGAGCAAAUCAGAGUGUGCUCAGCUUCACGCCAACCUGGAGAGAGAAAAGACCUCGAUGAAGAACUUGGCUUGUGAGCUAGAAUCAUUUAAAUCCCACAUCAAAGAACUCGAAUGUUCGGAGACGAGACUGGAAAAGGCUGAGAUGAGUUUAAAGGAUGACUUGACAAAACUAAAGUCAUUUACAGUGAUCCUAAUAGAUGAGAGAAAAAACAUGGCUGAGCGAAUCAAACAGGAGGAGCAGAAAAGUGAAGAGAUAAACAAACUGUUUAAAGCUGAGCAGUGCAAAGUUAUGGAGGUGACGGAAAAGCUGAUUGAGGAGAGUAAAAAGCUUCUUAAACUAAAGUCAGAGAUGGAGAUGAAAGUAUCCACUCUUACCAAAGAAAAAGAGGACCUGAAGUCUAAACUUGCAAGUGAAGAAGAGAAAAGGAGUGCAAAGAUAGGUCAGAUGCAAAGUGAUAUUGACGUGAAAGUUGAAACAGAGUGGAAAUAUUUUCGAAACAGAGCGUAUAUGGACAAGGUUGGAUAUUCUAAUGAGGACAACAAGGUAAAGGAGCUCACACAGGAGAUCGAGAGACUUAGGAACCGCCUGAAACAGCUUGAGGUUGUGGAGGGCGAUUUGUUGAAGACAGAGGACGAGUAUGACAUACUUGAGAAGAAGUUUAGAACCGAGCAAGACAAAGCCAACGCACUGUUCCAACUCUUGGAGGAAAUGAGGAUGCAGAUCACCAAGAACAAGGCCAUAGAAAAAGGUGAGUUGGUAAGCCAAGAAGCCGAAUUGAGAUUACGAUGCAAGAUAGAGGAGGCCAAAUCGAGAGAUCUUCAGGCUGAUGUCCAAGCUCUAAAGGAGAAGAUUCAUGAGCUCAUGAACACGGAGGAUCAGCUUUCACAGCUUCAAGUGGACUACAUGGUUCUCCAACAGAGGUUCAUUGAAGAGGAGGAUAAAAAGAAGCACGUGAGUCAAGAAGUCCUCAAACUAACCAAAGAGCUGGAAGCCACUAAACGCUACAGCCGUGCCCUGAGACCCAGCAUGAAUGGAAGGAGAAUUGUGGAUGUUCCUCUGGCUUCCACUGCAGUACAGACUGAUGGAGAUAUAAUUGAACACAUGGAGGACGAGACUCCGGCUGUGUUCAUUCAGAAGUCCGUUUUGGAGGAAAAUCAUCUUAUGAGCAAUUUGAGACAGAAAGGUCUCAAGAAACCUACUCUGCUGGACCGUUAUCCACCGGCAUCUGCAGAGUUGGGGAUGAGAAAAUCAUGGACCCCUUGGAUGAAAAAGAAAGAGGCUGUUACUAUCACACAGGAGCAUCUUUCAGACCAAACAACCCAACAGGUCAACGGAUUAACAUCGCCAUCAUCACCAGAAUUACCCAUAUCUCGUAAAACGGGUCAACCUCUCCAUAUUAAGGUGACUCCAAACCAUAAAAACAGCACGGCCAGAUUGGAGAUCACCAGCCCAUGUGCUGAGGACUUCUUCUCCAGUGCCACUAUCAUACCAACUCUUGGACUCCAGAAACCACAGAUAACAAUCAUUCCUACUUCUAUGCUGCCAAAGUCCAAGGCCAAUGAAGGGGCAACUGGACCUGAAAAACCAAAGUCUCCAGUCACAAUCACGACCAUCUCCAGAGCUAAAUCUCUAGAAAAAGGCAAAGAACAUCCUACCUCACCUCUGUCCAUCAUCACUGUUAGUGCGACGCCAGUCUCCCAGGCGUGUGGCUCCCCAGAACCCAAAGAGAUGACCAUGGGCAGGGCUGUGUUUAAGUUGACCCCUGAAAAGCAGACCGUUCCAAUGCCCAUCCGGAAAUACAACUCCAAUAUUAUCACCACAGAAGACAACAAGAUCCAUAUCCAUCUGGGAUCACCUGGGUUUAAGAAACCUCAAGAUGACAGAAGUGGAACAGUAAUGGUCUGGCCUACUGGUGUAAGUUCAGAUAUGUCUACAGGAACAGUUUUGCGCUCUCCUCGACAGACUUCUGCUAACUCAACCCAGGGCAAGGUGACCAGCAGCAUUACAAUUACCCCCAUCACCUCGGCCCCUUCAAGAUCAACUCAAUCUGUCCAUGGAACAGAUGUGCAGUCACCUCGCUCCACAGCAACACGAAUCCCCAUGUCAAAAGGUAUGAAAUCAGGGAAAGUGGUCUUUGGUACGUCCUCGACGUCGCGCUCUGAGAGCCAGUCUAUGAAAAUUGAACUGAGGAAAACUGCAGUUUGCAGCUCUAUAGCUGGAGAAAAGAGCUAAGACGGACUCAUUAAUGUGGCACUGGAAUUGGUCUAAGCACUACAGAACUGUAUAAAAUCUGAAAUAAUUUGCACUGCAAAAGCAAUUGAACAUUUCAGGAAAAAAAUAAACGAUUAUAUUUGAGUUGUAAAUAUCGUAUGUCAAAUCAUCCAUUUGUAUAGCUGACACUCACACAAAUGGACAAAGUGACAGAUCUGUGCACAUUUUCGCUAACCCUGUUUUUCCAUUCAUAUUUAUUUUUCCAUUUACCAUUUCGCUAAUGUUUUAUUUUUAUAAAACUGCUUGUGGAGGGUUCCUGCAAAUGUAUUGGAUCAAAUGCCACAGAAUGUGAUUCCACAAAAUAAAUAUAUAUUAUUU